CUGCAUUCAUACAGGCAGCGUUUCACUUUCACGCACUAGUGCCCAGCUCAGCUCUCUCUCUCUCUCUCUCUCUCUCUCUCUCCAGCCGGAGCCGGAUGCACCGUCCGGACGGAGAUGCAUCCGGAAUGCUGAGGGUACUUCGAAGAUAGAGGGGAAACAACCUGGGGUUCUGAUUGGUCCAUCAGUAGCUCUUACUGGGAACGGGUUCUUGUUCUUGGCAGCAAACCUGCCUGCCUGAUAAAUGAAUUGUGAGGGGAAGCAGACCAUGGAUGGAGUAGAGAACUCAGGCCAUGUGCCCCGGACACCAAGAAAAGCUCGUGACAUCAAGCGGAAGAGCAAGAACAAGCGCAAGGCAGAACCUCAAGAUCAGCGAAAGGUUCCGGUUCACUUUAAUUGAACUGAAGCAUGGUGCUGCAUUGAUUAGGUAGUUUGUAGUUUUGCUUGCUCAGCUGGGUAUUAGCAAAAUGCAGGGAGAUGAUGUCUGUGCAAUUUGCGACGAUGGUGGAUUUGUAACUUGCUGUGAUGGUGGAUGUCUGAGGUCUUUCCACCUAACUGAAGGACAUGGUGAGGGUUCCAAGUGUCCGUCCCUUGGGCUUACUAGUGAACAAGCAAAGAUGAUAAUUGGUAAGAAAGCCUUUAUAUGCAAGAACUGUAAGUAUAAGCAACAUCAGUGUUCUGCUUGUGGAUUAUUGGGGUCUUCAGACUUAUCAUCAAGAGCUGAGGUAUUCAAAUGUAAGGACUAUGCAUGUGGGCAUUUUUACCAUCCUAAGUGUAUUUCCGAACUGCAACACCCUGAUAGCAAAGUCCGGGCCUCCCUUUUCGAACAGCAUGUUGCUGCUGGACUGAAAUUCCUGUGUCAUGUGCAUAAAUGUAGUGCGUGUCAUGGAGACGAGAAUAAGGAUGAUAAGGAUAUGCAGUUUGCAGUAUGCAGGCUCUGCCCAACAACAUAUCACCGGAAGUGUUUGCCCAGUGAUAUCCCCUUUGCAGCAAAGGAAGGCCCCAAUGGCUACAUUUUUCAAAGGGCGUGGGAUGGCAUUCUUCGUGAUCAAAUUCUGAUAUACUGCAUGAAGCAUGAGAUCAUAAAAGAAAUAGGGAUUCCCAGGAGGAAACUUAUCAUCUUUCCUGAGGCCAAAAAACUUUUUGCACCCAAAGAUCCAGAAAGUACACCGAAGGAACAAGAUAUAUUGGUCGAACAAGAGCUACUUGGCCAUCCAACAUCUGAACCAUCUGAGACUCCGCCGCCACCUGCAACCGUCCAGAAUCAGUGCUUCCGCUCCAAUCCUAUGGACUCAUUUGCGCCAAGUUCCUUGUAUAUUGAUCCAUACCCAGGCUCAUGCGGUUGGCUCGAUGACUGACCAUCCAUCCCAUCCGCCUCUUGUAGAUAACACCAACAGUGGCAGAUCCUUUGCAAUAUGCAAAGACAUUGGGAGUUUGGGUUUGUUAGAUAUCAGAAAAGCCAACUUAUAGAAAGCUGAUAGCCUAUCCGAGUCCAAGCGAUGACUUGGAUUUACCUAGUCUUAUUAGAUGCAGAUUAACCAUGAAUUGGAAAACUGCUAGUAUAUGGAGAGUUAUUACUGAGUUAUGAUAUGUUUUUUUUCCCUUGGGAUGUAUGGAAAAAUGGUGCCCUAUAACUGUAUUACCCUUUAGAAAUUGUCAUCGAUCCCCGAACUUCAGAUGCUCCA